CUAGAUUAGCAAGUGAUAAGGACACUAGUUUGCCCCCUUUGAUUAUUACCGAGACAGCCGCUUACGGUGAAUGUGCCUCUUAAGUAUUUCCUGACCCGACCCAGCCACAAACUGCAACUUACUGCAAGGAAGCUGCCUGUCUGACUUCCUAUUACUCUGCAGACGGAGGUAAGAGAACUAAGAUGUCAGCCUCAGGAUCCUAACCACCCCAGAGGAUAACUGUGGGGAAAUGCUUCGUCUUUAACAUCACCGGAGCCCAGUCUGGAUUUUUUUUGCACACGAUUGAAUUCGUUCUCCACUCCUAGGUUUAGGGGUGUGAGAUUUAAAGGACUGUAUGCUGUCUGGCCACAAAAAAUGUUGAUGCAAAAGAUCGAUAUCCACUUGGCAGGAACGUCCUUUCCAUUCGUUCAGCAAGCAUUGAUGGCAUAUUUUAUUCUGUGCCAGGCACCAAUGGUAUGAAGAUAAGUAGGACGUGGUCUUUGCCUCCAAGGAGCUCAGAAUCUAGCAGAAGACUUCAGGACAGCUACCAGGGGAAAUCUAUGCGGGGCAUUAAAGGCUUUAUGGUAAUUAGCCAGGGAAGGAGGAUGGUGAGCGGCAUUCCAGAUGUAGGAAACAGUGAGGACAAGACACCGAAGCGAGGAAGGAACAGUGUGAUGGUACGCUCAUCGUAUUACUGAAGUACUAGAAGGAGAAAGCUUCAACUGUGUUGCCAUCAUGCCUCAAACCCGCUCCCAGUCACAGGCUACAAUCAGUUUUCCAAAGAAGAAACUGUCUCAGACAUUGGACAAAGCUAAAAACUCCAGUGACACCAAACCAGAAUCGACAAAUGUCCAGGCCAUACCCCGUUCUCCUUGUGCAAAAAUUCUGCCUCUUAGCCCCAGAAAACGUCUGGGUGAUGACAACCGGUGUAACACUCCCCGUUUACCUCCCUGUUCUCCACCAAAGCAAAGCAAGAAAGAGAAUGGUCCUCCUCGCUCACAUACAUCUAAGGGGCGCAGAUUGAUAUUUGACAAUCAGCUGACAGCUAAGUCUCCUAGCAAAAGAGAACAAGCCAGAGUUCAGCAAAACAAAAUACGUCCCUCCAUUCCAAAAGGUCAAGACAUCACAACAAGUUCUGAGCAGAGAUGUCCACCGGAGAAAGAAUCUGCUUGUCUGAGACUGUUCAAGCAAGAAGGCACUUGCUACCAGCAAGCAAAGCAGGUCCUGACUACAGCUGUCCCAGAUCAGCUGCCUGCCAGGGAAGAGGAGAUGGAUGUCAUCAGGAAUUUCCUGAGGGAGCACAUCUGUGGGAAAAAAGCUGGAAGUCUUUAUCUUUCUGGUGCUCCUGGAACUGGAAAAACUGCCUGCUUAAGCCGAAUUCUGCAAGACCUCAAGAAGGAACUGAAAGGCUUUAAAACUAUCGUGCUGAAUUGCAUGUCCUUGAGGAGCGCCCAGGCUGUAUUCCCAGCCAUCGCUCAGGAGAUUUGUCAGGAAGAAGUAUCCAGGCCAGCUGGGAAGGACAUAAUGAGGAAACUGGAAAACCAUAUGACUGCAGAGAAGGGCCCCAUGAUUGUGUUGGUGUUGGACGAGAUGGACCAGCUGGACAGCAGAGGGCAGGAUGUAUUGUACACACUGUUUGAAUGGCCAUGGCUAAGCGGUUCUCGGUUGGUGCUAAUUGGUAUUGCUAAUACCCUGGAUCUCACAGAUAGAAUCCUGCCAAGGCUUCAAGCUAGAGAGAAAUGUAAGCCACAGCUGCUGAACUUCCCACCUUAUACCAAAACUCAGAUAGCCACUAUCUUGCAGGACCGACUUAAUCAGGCAUGUAAAGAUCAGGUCCUGGACAGUGCUGCCGUUCAGUUCUGUGCCCGCAAAGUCUCUGCUGUUUCGGGAGAUGCUCGCAAAGCACUCGAUGUUUGCAGGAGAGCUAUUGAAAUUGUAGAGUCAGAUGUCAAAAGCCAGACUAUCCUCAAGCCACUGUCUGAAUGUAAAUCACCAUCUGAGUCACUAGUUCCCAAGCGGGUUGGUGUUAUUCACAUAUCACAGGUGAUUUCGGAAGUUGAUGGAAACAGAAUGAAUUUGAGCCAAGAGGGAGCACAAGAUUCCUUCCCUCUUCAGCAGAAGAUCUUGGUCUGCUCUUUGCUGCUCUUGACCAGGCAGUUGAAAAUCAAGGAGGUCACUCUGGGGAAGUUAUAUGAAGCCUACAGUAACGUCUGUCGCAAACAGCAGGUGGCAGCUGUGGACCAGUCAGAGUGUUUGUCACUUUCAGGGCUCUUGGAGGCCAGAGGCAUUUUUGGAUUGAAGAAAAAAAAGGAAACCCGCUUGGCAAAGGUGUCUCUGAAGAUUGAAGAGAAGGAAAUAGAGCAUGCUCUGAAAGACAAAGCUUUAGUCGGAAAUAUCUUAGCUACUGGAUUGCCUUAAAUUCUUGUAUACUAAUACCCCACCUGAAAGUAUCCAGCUGGCAUUUAGAGAGAGAUGAAAUCUUCAUUUUAGUACUUUAUACACUCAGGUCUGAAAGCAAACAUGACCUUUUUUACUUAAAACUGAUAAAAUGUAAUCUACAGAUUCGUGACUAGUAGCACAGAAUUAUAUCUUUGGGUCUUAUUAUGUUUGCAUUAAAAACUACCAAGUAGGCCCUUUUUAAUUACAUUCACUACCUCUACUUUUAGUGUGCCUCUGACCAACAUGCUUGCAAGUAUACACACUUAUGCUUUGGAAAGUUCAUAUAUUUAUCUCUUAGUUUCCUCAAACAUCGGUGUAUUUUAAAGAACUUUUGGACUAGAGGAAAAAGAAUGAAAAAGGAUGAUCCAGAAAAAUAAGCAAGUCCACAUGGAGAUUUUGAGGACACUUUGAUCAAAGAAUGUCUUUCUUUGUGGAGUAUACUGUGUCCAUGUUGCAGAUACUUCCGCACUGUGACAUUUUAAAGACUCAUUGAGUUUCUCAGGCACUCCCAAGGUUGUGGGGGUGGUAAGGAGAAUGUGACUACAGAUUGUGAAUAUAUUUAUUUUCAAGUUGCAUUCUUUGUCUUCUUAAGCAAUCACAUUUCAAGAGAGCUCAGACUUUCAGAAGGCAAUGUGAAAAUUCCUCCCUAAACUGUCCCACAGUCCCAGCUGCUCUCAGAUGAAGCCACUUGUUUCAAGACGCCUUAGCUGGGGCUUGGAUUUUCACUGAAACCUCAUUUUUCCGUUCUUCUUAGAUAAAUUAAUCCAGAUGGCUACUCAAGUCUCCCCUUUUUUCUGGGUUUGGUUUCCAGUGGCAUUAAAUGGCAGUUUGUGUCAGGGACGCCAGAGGGCACCAUUAUAACACUGACUGCCUUGAAAGUGCAGGCAUGGGGCUGGGGUCGUUUUGAGGGAAGGGGGAAUAAAAAACCAAGUUUGAUUCAUUUGGGAAAUUGCUGUACUUUUAUAACUCAAGCAAAUGCUUGGAAUGCAAACCAUGUGUGAUAUGAGUGGUCUGAGAGCCAGUGACCAAGUCUGUCCUGCUCCCCGAGCUCUUCUGCCUCCCCCUGCUUUCCUGACAUGGCUUGGGUUUGAGAACUUGAUAUGUGUACAAAUGAUCUGUUGGCCACUGUUUCAUUCAUGUUGCCCAGUGUAUCCUUGCAAUGUGAUCUGGGCCACAGCAGGUGGUACAGGAUAGAAGAAGGACACACAGAGCCCUCUGAAAUGAACACUAGCCACUGGUGAGUGUAGCAGAGCGGAGUCUGUAGACAGGAGUCUGAAUGUCUCACGCUCACACUCCUUUACUAGAGCGUUCAUUCCCUUGGAGCAGUUUGCGAGGGGAGACCACAGUUCUAUACCUAGAAGCUUAGAAAGUGUCUGGGGCUAUAAGGGUUAAGCAGCGUAAUUGCAGAGAUUGUCCAAAGGCUGAUGGAAAGCAGAGACUGAAUGGGAUUGAGAACAGAUGCGAGGCUUGAUUUAAAUUACAUUUUAUUGGAUGCUGCAGCCUUAAGAGACGUGACUGCUUUACAGUUUGUUUCCACACUGUGGGCAGCUGCUGUCUGUUCUGUGUCCACAGUAGGAUCCUGCCCAAAGAGGAGCGGCCUCCCCACCUCGCUGUAUUUGAGGCUUGGCGCCUUCCUCUUAACUGUAGGGCUGGAGUCAGGAACAUGGCUUGACUCGCAGUGGGGCUGCUGUGUAUCCUCCAUGGCUCUGAGCCAAGAUCGCAUUUGCAGAUUCAAAGGGGCCAAAUUUCUUUCCCCUCUACCUCCCUUCUCUCCCUUUCCCCUGGUAUUUGGAAAUCGGGUUUUCUGUGUACCGGUCUGUUAGUUUCCUUUCCUUCGGUUCUCCCCCCACUGUCAAUUUCUAGGUCAUUGCUGCUCUUAAGACUUCAGCAAUUGGAACAGGGUUGGUUCUGUCAAUGAUGCGUGAAGCAGACUUAGAGUCCCUGCUUGGCUUCCGCUGCCCUUGUGGGAGCGAAAGCUGAUGUAUGUUUGUCAGUGGAGUCUUCAGUGUAAUUCAGACAGCCGGGAAGCUGACUGAGAGGAGGAAGAAAGUCCUUUUCUCACUGAAGCCGAGUGCUCUGAGAAGGUGGUGGGAGUUUCAGGGGGCUGGGCUGGGCUUGUGGUUACUCACUUUUGCCAGGAGCAUAGGCUGUUUCACAUGGAGUAGUGGCAGAGAUGCUGACCUACAUUCUUCCUCUUGGAGGUGGUGGGGUGUGUGUCUGUAUCCUGGUUUAUUUAUGUAUUUUUCUUCACAGAAGCAGAUGAAGCUUCCAUAGCGUAUUGGUGGGUACUGCCAUGGAAAGCACACAGGCACAAUAAAACUGGUGUGAGUUUCAACCCCAGAGCUGUGACUGACAUUUCUGGCUCAGUGAAGACCUGCCUGUGGCUGGAUGACUGACAAGAGUGUGAGGUCCAAGCUACCCUGAGAUCCAGAAAGUCGGCAGAGCUCUCUCUCUCUCUUCCUCUGCGUUGCUCCCUGCCUUUAUGCAGUGCCCUUUUAAGAUACAGCAAUAAGAACUGGGAAGUAGGAAGGAGAAACA